CUCCACGCGGACCUCCCUCGGUGGGGCUAGUGAUUAGCUACUUGAACUCGAACGCGAUGCAGAGGUGCGGAAGCAACAGCUACCUACUACAUAGGUAGGUAGCUACCUAGUCAACUAAGUACCCCUCAACUAGUUCAUAAUACAAGGUUCUUAAAUAACAGCCACCAAACACCAACAUAUCAUAAUAACUUAACUAUGGAUCACUAUGAGCCUCAGCGACGUACAAAGAGGAUCAAGCUUCAGGAUAGAAACCAAAAUCAACAUGAUAAUAGUGCUGAACCAGUUUCCUGCCCAUUACGAAAGAUGGACUCCAAUGGGGACAUCUUUUGGGAAAUUGCAAAGUCACGUCGUCUAACACUAUCAACUUUCAGAGGUCAGACCCUUUUGAGCAUCCGGGAAUACUAUACAAAAGACGGACAAGAGUUGCCAGGCAAGAAGGGCAUAUCCCUUCCAGUGGACCAGUUUUCAUCCCUCGUAUCCCUGCUGCCUGAUGUUGAAGUCAUUCUAAGAGAGAAGGGUCAAACUAUUCCACGACCAGAAUAUGGUAGGACUUCCGCCGCAGUCCAUGAUGAUGAAAACAAGCCGCGAUCGAAAGUCGGGCUUGAGGAGCCUCAGUCUUCUAAGGCAAAUAUCGAGGUAACCAGUGAUGAGGAUGAAGAAGGUGAUGCAUAAUAUUGAAGCUAGUAUGCAUGUCUGGGUGGUUAGUGUGAAUAUUUUGCGCUGCCUCGGCUAUACAGUGAAAGAAGAUAGCUAGGACAAUCUAUUUCCGAGAUAUAUUUAAACCAUG